CUAGGGCUUGGCUCUCCGCCAUCACCAGUCUGCGCAGAGAAGAAAAAACGAAAAAACGUUGACCUUCCGUGAUUGCUUCGCAAGGAGUUUGAUCUUUACUGCGUUUGCUGAGUGAAUUUACCGUCAGGAUGUCAUAUCUAGUGACGAAAGUAGUCUCACAUAAAUUUCAAGUGUGUAGCUUGUACAAGCGAGCCCUACGGAAUUUGGAGUCGUUCUGCGUUCACAGGGAUUUUUACCGUGUACAGGCAGUAGAGCUGAGGCAGAGGUUCGAGCGGUACCGUCAUAUCAAGGAUAUGCGAAUUGCUAAAAAAAUUUUAGAGGAAGGUGAAGAGGAACUCUUUCAGAACAUGCAUUAUCAACCAAUGAAAUUUCCCUACUCACCUGGAGGAAUCGCGUAUAAUCGAUCAGUGGAUCCUGACGAUUGGGUUCUUGACUACUGGCACCCUCUGGAAAAGGCGCAGUACCCUGAAUACUUUGCAAGACGUGAACAACGCAAGAAGGAGUAUGUUGCUCUCUGGGAAAGAGAGUAUGGAAGGCCAGACCCAAAUGCGAAGAGCCAUCAUUGAAGCAGUGAUGGUGCAGGUUUAGCUUUAGUGAACCACAAGGAGGGCAGACUCUGGUUUUGUGAGAAUUCAGUAAAAUAAAAAUACUGGCAAAUAAUUUCA